AUGAGAAUCAAAUCAUAACCUUAGAAACAUCAAGAAGAACAUUAAGACACUGUUGAUAUUUUAAGUAUUGAUCAAUCCUCUAAUUCUAAUCAUAAUUAAGAAAAUUAAGAUUGUUUAGAGCCUAUGUAUGAAGUUGAAGCUAUUAUCAUGAAAAAGAUUGAAAAUUCAUAAUCUCAUUAUUUAGUCAAAUGGAAAGGAUAUUCUGAAUUGACUUGGGAACCUAUUUCCAGUUUAUAAAAUUGUUAAUUACUUCUUGAAGAAUUUGAUCAAUAAUAACCUUCUAAUAAUGUCAUCAUUACCAAAAAAUGUGUAUCCAAAAAAAUUAUUACUAAAUCUUAAAAAAAAUCCAAUAAAUCCAAAAAAGGAGGGUAUUUUGAAAAUGAGGAUUAAAUUUAAUCAUUCACUAAUCUAGCUAGAACUAUUAAAAUUAAUGGAAUAGAAAAAUAAUAAUUGAAAGUACUAUUUUAUUUUCAAAUUAGGUUAAUCUUAAAAAAAUUAAAAAUGGUAAAACUACAUCUGCUUGGAUUAAUUUAUAGGAAUUGCAUAAAAAAGCUCCUUAAAAGCUAAUACAAUUCUAUGAAUCAUUACCAGUAAUUAAAGAAUUGUUUUAAUAAAUCAUUUCAACAUCCAAUCUAAGUACAUAAAAAUGA